CCAGUGGAUGCUGGGAACAGCUCCCAUCCGCACGGAACCCCUCCCCAUCACUGCCCCCGUCGCCAACCAUUAUCAGAGAUACAGGGCAAAUCCGCGCCCCUCGAGUAGUACAAUGUCACAGCCAGACCCCAUGGACGAAGACGGGGCAGCCUUUGCGCCCGCGGCCGACCAGGAGCCGGAUAUCAGCCAGGCCGCGGCAGCUUUCCAGGCCGCUACGGCGCCGCCCCCGACGACCGAUGCGACGGGCGUGGCGCCGUCGGAUGGUGCUCUCGCAAGUCUCUCCGCAACCCAAGGUGCCGCCGCGAUAUCGACCGAAUCGCCCCAGUUCCCGAACCAACCGCAACCGAUAUCGCCCGCCGCCGCCGCCGCCACUGCACCAUCACCGGCGGCCCAGCCAGCAGCAGCGGCAGCAGCAGCAACAGCAACGGCCACGGGAGCAACGGCGGCCUCGUCGCCGCUGCCGCCCCCGCGUACCGGCACGCCGACGAUGCGCUCGGCCAACCCGGACGCCGGCUCGCGCGCCACGUCGCAGCACCCGCCCGACUCGGGUUUCGUCAUGCCCGCCGAGGCCACCCCGCACGGCGCCCCCGCGAGGCGCUACCUCAACACAAAGGUCACGGGCGUCCUGCUGGAGGGCAUGAAGCUCAUCGCAAAAGAACAGCCCAAGGACCCCUUGCGAGUACUGGGAGAGUUCCUACUCCAGCGUUCGAAGGAGCUUGAGCCCGCCGUCUAAGUCGACCGUGCAUCGGAACUCGAGUUCAACGCAGGACACUACAGGUAGCAACUGGGAACCACGAUGGACCGCACUCUGAACGAAAUGUAUCAACGUAUCACAAGACCAGGACGGGGGAUGCAAGCGGUCCAUACACAUACGGCCCUGAACACUAGCGCGUAAUCAGAUAUGAACGCAGACAGACAGCUUUGGGCGGCGGGGUUAGGGAGUUGAUUGCUUCUCAACGACACCAUUGUAGGGUAGGACUUUCUUCCAUUUCAGUCCUAUAGAUCGGAGCUGCCAUUUUUUGGCGUCCCCAAGUGACACAAAAGACCCGCGCCGGGAACAUGGCACGGCGCCUCUGCGCCUUUUCCGAACUUGUCGCUCCAAAUGCAUUUGCAGGAACCCAU